AUGGAAUAUUUGCUUAAUAGGUCUUUAAAAAAAUGUUAUAAUAAAUUAUCAUUUUUUUUAGUCUCAUCAUAUAAAUUCUCUAGUUUAGUAGAGAAUAGUAAAAAGAAUGUUAAUACAUUCCGAUUUGAAACAAAAGAAAUAAAUGACUAUAAUUACAAGGAUUUAUUAAGAAAUGAGAAAGCUUUUUUAGUUUAUGGAUAUGCAAAUUAUUCUUAUAAAAGUAUAAAUAUUUUUAAUAAAUUAAUUGAUAUUGUAAAAGAAGACUUAGAAAAUAGACCAGACAAAAAUGUGUCCAUAUAUAAAUUAAAUGUAAGCAAUAAUAAUUUAUUAGUUAAACAAUUUCAUAUAAAAAAUAUUCCAUUAAUCCAACUUCGAUAUAAUAAUAAAUUGAUGCAAGAAAUAAAUGGAAAUGAAUUAAAUGAAAAUAAUAUUAAAAAUAUAUUAAAGAGAUAUUAUAAUUAUUUUAAUACCUUAAAUUCUGUAAAUGACAUUAAUGAUUUUUUAGUAAGGGAAGAAGAGUUAUCAUAUAAUAAUAACGAAUCAUAUUUUGAUUCUUCCAAAAAUAAUAAUAAUUUGAAGGAUGAAUCUAAUAAUGUUAAUUAUGAAUUAACUUUUAUUAAUGAUGAUAAGAAAGAAAUUAUUACUAAUGAAAUAAAAAAUCUUUUCAAAAAUAAUAUAUUAGAUAAACUACAAUUAAAUUAUAACUGUUCUUCUUAUAUUGUUUUUAAAAAACUAGAAUUACUUCUAACGGAAAAAAAUAAAAAUACAAAACUAAUAAAAGAAUUAUUAAAUGAUAUUAUUUUUAAUCAUAGUACAUAUUUAGAUAUAAAUCAACAUUAUAGUAAAAUAACGGCAAAAGCUUUUCUUUAUUUAUUUGAUGAACAUUUAAUAUCUAUAGAAAAAUUGUUAGAAUUAAAAGAUAUAAUAUUACAAAAUGAUAACCAAACAGAUAUAAAACUAGAUGAUAUUAAAUUAAUUAAUUUCCUUGAACCCCAAAUUAACUUUGAUAAUAGCAAAAUAAUUCAUUAUAAUAAAUUUCAAUGUAUAGAUGAUUUCCUAUCAAGACCUGAAGAAACUAAUGAUCAUAUGACUUUAUUAUUAUCAUCAUCAAUAAAAAAAAAUAUUUUAAAUACACAGUUAAUUGAUAUAAACAAAAUUAAUGAUGAUAUAAAAAUAAAAUAUUUAAGUAGAAUAUAUAGAAUAUUAUCAAUAAAAUAUUUCCAUAUAGGAGAUAUUCAAAAUUGUUUAUCAUAUGCAUUACAUUCAUACAAAUUAACAGUUCCAUUAAAUAACAUAGACAGCAAUAAAUCCAAAGUUCUUAUUGAAAACCUUAUUCUAUAUUAUGGAGCAUACAAUAAUGAUAUUAUUAAUUUUUUAAGUGAAUUACAAUUUUUAUUUACAGAUAAAAAUUUCAAAGUUAUUAAAUUCCCACACACAAGAGCAUUCAAAGGGGGAAGGCCAAUGAUGAAAAGAGGUAAAUCAGGAAAGUGGCUUUGGUUAAGCCCAGAUUGGAAACCUAGAUGGUUAAAAAAAAAAUCCAAAUUAAUUUUAGAAGAAGAAUGGAAAUGUGUACCUGAUAAAAAUGUUCCAUUCUGGAAUUAA